AUGGCGACGGGAGGUGAUGACGACCCGAUCGCUAGCCGGGCAAGCAGCGCCGAGCCCAAGCGACGGCGGUUGGUGCGGAAAAAGGACACGUCCUCGAAAGAAGCCACGCCUGAUGUGCAAGUCGUGUCCGUCAAGCCCGCUCCACCCAAACCGGCCCGAUUUCAAGAGGACUCUGGGGACGAAACAGAUGUCGAUGAUGGGCCCACUACAAGUUAUGGCGAAACGGCGCUGGACAGGAAGACAGUAGACUUUUUCAACACGGCCACCCCGCAGCAAAUGACGGAAGCUAUGACGGUCUGCACCGCCGCCCAAGCGGACUUCAUCGUCGGUCUGCGGCCCUUCCGCAGCAUGGGCCACCUCGAAGAAUCGCUGACGGGUCACAAAGGGAACCGGCCCCUGGCGAAACUGCCCGAGAAGUAUCAGGAGAUCCAGGAGGGCUACAACGAGGUUGACGCGUUGAUUGAAAAGUGCGAGCGCUAUGGGGAUGAGGUUAUGAGUAUCCUGAGGGAGUGGACGCAUGCACCGCCGGAUGCGCCGGUGGGCGAGAAGGUAGAUGAAGAUGGUGAUGCGCCGGAGAUCAGCUUGACGCAUAUAGACGCCACCGCCGACUCGGAUUCCGAUUCCGAUGUGACCACACGUCCGCAGCAAUCGUCAUUAGCAUCAACCAACCCGCCCAAACCCGCCCGCUGGAAAUGUCUCAAAAGCCAACCAGCCCUAAUCAACCCGGCCCUAACCCUCAAAUCUUACCAACUCGUCGGCGUCUCCUGGCUCUACAUGCUGCACGGCAAAGGCCUUGGCGGCAUCCUCGCCGACGAAAUGGGCCUCGGAAAGACCGCCCAAGUCAUCUCCUUCCUCGCCCUCCUCAAGCAACACGGCCACCAAACCCGCCACCUCAUCGUCGUCCCCACAUCUACUCUCGAGAACUGGCUCCGGGAAUUCGCGAGGUGGUGCCCUAAUUUGGUUGUUAGACCUUACCAUGGGAGUCAGAACGAGCGAUAUGGGUUGCAGGAACAGUACAUGGACGAAGUGGACGGGAUCGACGUGUUCGUCACGACGUAUACCCUCGCGACCGGCCAGAAGCCGGACCGCGCCUUCCUCCGUCGGCUCAACUGCACGUCCCUGAUCCUCGACGAAGGGCAUAUGGUUAAGAACAUGGAGUCCGCACGGUACAAGCACCUCAUGUCGUUCAAGACUCCCUUCAGGUUGUUGCUGACCGGCACGCCGUUGCAGAACAACCUCAUGGAGUUGCUGGCCCUGUUGACGUUCAUCAUGCCCCGGUUGUUUGCGAAUGUGGACGCGUUUGGCAAGAUCUUCAACGUGAAGAAUUCGGGGGAGAAUGGGUUUUUGAGCAGACAGCGGAUUGAGCGUGCCAAGAAGAUCAUGGCACCGUUUGUGUUGAGAAGGAAGAAACGGCAGGUGUUGAAGGAGUUGCCCGCCAAGACGGUCAAGAUUGAGCUGUGUACGCCGACAGAGACGCAGAAGAUGCUUUAUGAAGGGAUCAUUGCUGAGAGCAGGAAAUCGCUGUUGGCGCAGGCUGAGGAGGCUGCCGCCGCCGCUGCUGCUGAGAAGCAAGCCGAGAGCUCACCAGCCCCACCUACAAAACCCAAGGCAUUACAACGCCAAACCCCCGCCUUCGGCCAACGCCAACUCUCCAACGUCCUCAUGCAACUCCGCAAAGCCGCCGACCACCCCCUCCUAUUCCGCACCCUCUACACCAACACCCACCUCCGCACCCUCGCCCGCGAAAUCAUGCGCGAAGACGAAUACAUCGACGCCAGCCGCGAGUACAUCUACGAGGACAUGACCGUCAUGUCCGAUUUCGAGCUCCACAACCUCUGUGGGAGAUUCAAGGGGAUGAAGAAGCAUUGUUUGGCGGAGGAGAGUUGGAUGGAUGCGGGGAAGGUGGAGUGGUUGAAGAGGAAUCUGCUGGUGAUGAGGGAUCGGGGGGAUCGGAUCCUGGUUUUUUCGCAGUUUGUGAUGAUGCUUGAUGUGCUGGAGGCUGUGUUGGGGACGAUGGGGGUGCGGUAUGUGAGGAUGGAUGGGCGGACGAAUAUUGUGGAGCGACAAACGAGGAUAGACGAGUUCAACGAGAACCCGGACAUUACGGUCUUUUUGCUUUCGACCAAAGCCGGAGGCUUCGGGAUCAACCUCACCAGCGCUAACGUCGUUAUUAUCUACGACAUGGACUUCAACCCACACAACGACGCGCAAGCCGAAGACCGCGCCCACCGCGUCGGCCAAACGCGCGACGUGACCGUCUACAAGCUCGUCCUCGACAACAGCAUCGAGCAGCAUAUCCUCAAGAACGCGCAGACGAAGUUGAAGCUGGAUGAGCGGGUCCAGGAGGGUGAACAACAACAUCAGCAGCCACAUGUGGUUUUUGACGGGGAGGGUGGGAAGGGCAAAGGGAAGGAGACGGAUAGUGAUACUGCGGAGGGUGCGGAGGGGGGGAAGGAGGAUGAGGCCGCCGAGAUUGCGGAUGUCGGGUUUUUGGAGAUGUUGAGGAAUGAGUUGGUCGCUGGGUCUUGA